AUGACGAGAGAAAAACUGCCUAAAUGGCUGUACAUUUGCAACAAGCCAAGAUACAUGGAACUGGACAGGCUUUUAUAUGUUCUAUACGCUGCGGCUCAGUGCAAAGCAUCUGAUCUGCGAGACAAGGUGUUUGCUAUACUGGGCCUCUUUCAUGGUGCCAACAACGCGAAACUGGUCGCGGACUACACCCUUUGUCACCAGGAAGUGGCUAUCGGUGUCACAGCAUAUAUCUUUGUCAACCAUACCGAACAGAUGUGGCGCAUCUUCGCGGCGAUAGACUCCAAAGACUCUCAUGUCAUGCCUUCGUGGGUCAUGGACUGGUCAUCAGAGACCAAAGUGAAACGCCUGGGUCCAUAUAUGGCCGAGACGAAACCCAUAGUUGAAGCCGAGGGCAAACAAUCGCAGCCACUUUACAUCCCCCGCAUCUACCGCAAUGGAUCUUUGGUACUGAAAGGACGCCUAGUUACACAGGCUGGAAGCUGCGCCUUUAACCAUGGAGCACGGGACGGCCCACCUGGAGUUGUGACAGAUAUUGUAUACCAGCAAUCCAUAAUCUGGCAUCUACAAAGUGAUUCUCGACCCAUGGUCCCAUCUGGAUGGUGCCAAUCUACGGACGAGAUCUUCGCUGUCCAGAGCCUGUCUGGGUACUGCCUGAUACUUCGACCGAUCAUGACGAACCCGAAAACGUACCGGUUUGUUGCCAUAUGCAAGCACCCCAAAGUGGAACCGAUGGCUGCAACCGUCAACCUCUUGGACCAAAGAGUGGUUCUGCUCUUUUCAACAUGGCGAUAUGUCUUAGGAGAAGAGUUGAGCAGUGGAGAAAUAUGGUAUUCUUCUGAGCGGUGGGAUAUGAUCAGAGAUGUAUGUCAAACGGUGAAGGAAUGCUGGGUGUUGGAAGAUACCAUCAGCCGCUUCUUAGACUCCUUGGUUAAGAUGCAGACUUCUGUGUCAGCGAGGCUACCACCAUAUGCGGUUGAGAAAACCCAAGAGGCAUUGCGAAGACUUGGAAAUACGGUCCCAAAAUCGAUACUGCUCCAGCAAAAGGGAGUCCUCGCUGACUCUAUGCAACUCUCGACGACCCAGAAAAACUCAAAUACUUGCCCGCUUUUCGUGAAAGAACUGCAGUCUCUUGCUGGGAUGGUCUGUGAGAUUUGUCAUCAGCAUAUGGCAAACACAAGCGCUGUUGACACUUACAGUCUGCUUGGGCAAAGUCUUGCAAAAAAGAAAUACUUCCAAAAGCGACGCCAGCCCCUGAUGGAUCAGAAGAUUCACAACGGAAAUCUUCAUUUGCGAACCAGAGACUUGAUUUAUUGGCAGAUAGCGUCCCAGCUGGAUGAAACGUGUCUCAACAGGAAAACUCUCGAACGACUGGAAUACAUUGCCAGGUCGGCUGAACGAGAUCUCCCAAGAUACCUGAACUUAAGCAAUUACACAUCAGAGACCUACAACUACGCCUCCGAGAUCAAGACGCAUCACCUCUACGACCUUUUUCACUUCAUUAUCAAAAGCAUACCUACGACUCAGAAGAGCCUUCUGCGAGCUCGAUGGGAAUGGCGGUUACGCAAGAACGCCAUGAAAUCUCCGGGGGCUAAGCAGUCGCUGGACCACCCAGGAACAUAUAUCGACCUGGCAGAAGAAGAGUCCUGGAUUCAUCUAUUUGGUGACUUUCUCGAUGACGACAUCGACUGUAUGCCUUUUGACAUGCCGUCAUCAAAGAUAUUUGUUAGUAGGCUGCUGUACGAGGGUCUCGAAGAAAAGGUAUUCAGUCUACACUUAAUGUUCUCGAAAGAUGAAGACCCGGACAAGAAGCCUCAAACACCUCAGUACAAGCGAAUGGUGCAAUGGUUGCUGGACUUCCUGAACCUGGAACCAAAUUCUGGCAGGGAAGAUCUAGAUUCCCGCGUCGAUUCAGUUGAAGACACGUGGGGGGCCCGUUUCCUCGAAGCAUGGAGCAAUCUGAUGGAGGGACAUCGCCCAGGUUCUUUUGUUGACGCUGAGACAUCCGAGAGGCAAGAAGCAUCGGGGAGGGGCUACUUGGCCGACGCAAAGGCAAAGUGGGCGCCCUUACUUGACCUGGUACGGGAGACCGAGGCGCACCUGUAUCCUUUGGAGGAAUCAUUUCUGCAGGCGAACCAACCGAUGGACGAGUUAAGAAGUGAAGCUGUGUGGGAGGAUAUUGUGAUAGUUUGA